GGAAAUUGAACAUAUAUACGAGAGGACAAGACUGGAGAUUGAUAUGUGGGAUUCACUAGCUUGUGGAUGGUGGCCCAAAGCACGCAAGUGAAUGAGAUCACCAGGGAAAGUGAGCAGAGGAAGACAAACAGGAUCAGGAGCACAGCUUGUAAGGCAUGGCGAGAGGAAAUCCACAGUGCUAUCAAGGGGAGGGGGACGAGGAGGAGAGCCUAGAAAGGAUGGCAUUGCUGAACCAAGGAAGUACGAAGCUGUGCGGUGGAGAAUGAGACCAGAGUCAGAUGACACAACACAGAUCCAGCAAGGAAAAAAGAAGAGUUUUGGUGAUUUUGUUGGUGAAGUCUGAAGCAGGACUUGGGCCUUCUGUCCUCCAUGCCGCUCACCAGAAAAGGCACUGUGAACUGUGCUGUGGCUCCAGCGGACAGGAAGAAUUUCUGGCCCAGCUGGAAGUAAGAAGAGGGAGGGAGUCCCCUGACGACCAUCCCAGAGGCAGCCAAGAUCACCCAAACAAUCCUCGAUGUGAAUCAACCCCAUGAUGCAACAUGCCUCCCCAGCCCCCGCUCUGACGAUGAUGGCCACGCAGAAUGUCCCGCCCCCGCCCUACCAGGACAGCCCGCAGAUGACGGCAACCGCUCAGGCACCCUCGAAGGCCCAGUCAGUCCACAUCUCCGCACCCUCAGCUGCGGCCAGCACACCUGUGCCCAGUGCCCCCAUUGACCCUCAGGCCCAGCUGGAGUCCGACAAGCGAGCUGUGUACAGGCACCCUCUUUUCCCGCUCCUGACGCUGCUGUUUGAGAAAUGUGAACAGGCCACCCAGGGCUCUGAGUGCAUCACCUCCGCCAGCUUUGAUGUGGACAUCGAGAACUUUGUCCACCAGCAGGAGCAGGAGCACAAACCCUUCUUCAGCGAUGACCCAGAACUGGACAAUCUGAUGGUGAAGGCAAUCCAGGUCCUGAGAAUUCACCUGCUGGAGUUGGAGAAAGUCAAUGAACUCUGCAAGGACUUUUGUAACCGUUACAUCACCUGCCUCAAAACCAAGAUGCACAGUGAUAACCUGCUCAGGAAUGACCUCGGGGGACCCUACUCCCCAAACCAGCCCUCCAUAAACCUUCACUCACAGGACCUCCUGCAGAAUUCCCCCAAUUCCAUGUCUGGAGUCUCCAAUAACCCCCAGGGGAUUGUGGUCCCAGCCUCAGCGCUCCAGCAGGGCAACAUCGCCAUGACGACCGUCAACUCACAAGUGGUGUCAGGUGGAGCCUUAUACCAGCCAGUUACCAUGGUAACCUCCCAGGGUCAGGUGGUCACCCAAGCAAUCCCCCAGGGAGCCAUCCAGAUCCAGAACACCCAGGUUAACCUUGACCUCACCUCCCUCCUGGACAAUGAGGAUAAGAAGUCCAAGAACAAACGAGGAGUCUUGCCCAAGCAUGCCACCAAUAUAAUGCGUUCUUGGCUCUUCCAACAUCUCAUGCACCCUUACCCCACGGAGGAUGAGAAGCGGCAGAUCGCAGCCCAGACGAACCUCACCCUCCUGCAAGUAAAUAACUGGUUCAUCAAUGCCCGGAGGCGCAUUCUGCAACCUAUGCUUGAUGCCAGCAACCCGGACCCUGCCCCUAAAGCCAAGAAGAUCAAGUCGCAGCACCGGCCCACCCAAAGAUUUUGGCCCAACUCCAUUGCUGCAGGGGUGCUGCAGCAACAGGGCGGUGCCCCAGGGACCAACCCUGAUGGUUCCAUCAACCUGGACAACCUGCAGUCCCUGUCCUCAGACAAUGCCACCAUGGCCAUGCAGCAGGCUAUGAUGGCCGCCCACGAUGACUCGUUGGAUGGGACAGAAGAGGAGGAUGAGGAUGAGAUGGAAGAAGAGGAAGAGGAGGAACUGGAGGAGGAGGCCGACGAGUUGCAGACGACAAAUGUCAGCGACCUGGGCUUGGAACACAGUGACUCCCUGGAGUAGCCGGCAGCCCAGAUGGCGCUGAUCGCUGAGAAGAGGCGUGUGGUCAAGGGGCUUCGGGGUGGUGGGGAAGGGGAUGUGGCAGGCAGCACCAAGAAUGUUGGGCCCUAGCUUCCGCAGAUCAGUAGCUUGAAGAAAUCCAGAGGAGACGCCUGCUCCUUCCCAACCACCAAGCUUCAACGAGCACUCGCCCCUCUUCCCCAGAACUGCAGACAACUCUGGUGGGGCUGGCGGAGCAGCCUGCAUGGGAUGGCAGGAGUGAGGUUUGGACUCACCAAGUCCCUGAGGACAGGCGGCACCCGUGGGCCCCCCCACUGGAGGACUUGAGCUGUUCGCAAGCCCUGCACUGUGAGGCAGAUCGGGGCUGCUCGCAGAGUGAGCCUUUGCCAGGGGACAGAGUUAGGAGGAAAGGGAGAGGCACGGGGGUCUGGCACCCAUCCCCCAGAAAGGUCUCAGCUCCUCUGAGAGACUUUCAAGGGCAGGAAGGAGCCCAAAGCAUAACCAGUGGCGGGAGGAGGAGAGCCUGAGGCGUCACCACUUGUAGAUGAGGGCGCAGCCUGGGUUCUAGACGUUCCUGUUCACUCCUCCAAGGUCCUGGCUCUGGGAACAGUCAACCAUGGACUUGGGGGAGAGGGAUGGGAGCCACCACUGUCCUCCUCUCUCUCACUCUCCUGGAAACAAAUGCAAGCUGGUGGACCCACACUGUAGGCUGGGAAGAGGGUGGCCCCAAGUCGCAAGCAGACAGCAGAACCUGGCUAGCAAGCCCGCCAAGGCGACUCUGGGGACCGCGGCGGCCCUCCAAGGCCACAGAGCUCGCCUCCCGUAGCUCCUCGGAAGCUCCCACCCUCCCUGGACCCUGGAGCGGGCGGAGCCAGGUGAGCUUGGAAUCUGCCCCUCCCUCAGGCCACCGAGGCCGGCUCCGCCAGCCGUUUCCAUCCCCUCUUCUCCACUCUAGCCUUCAGAGAAGGCAGAAGUAACAUGGGAAGGAAGCUGCCAGCCCAGUGGGAACCGGGGGUUGGAGAAGGUGCUACAUCCCUCUUCCAGUCGGCAUCCCCAAAGUGGAGGCGGGUCCGGAGAAAGCGCACCGGGAGCCACGGGCGCCCCGCCUCACCCGCCUUGGCGGCCUGAGCCAGCGAGCGCGGUGGGCGCCUGAGGACCGGAUGGGGCUCGGAGAGGAGGAGGCUUUCUACACUGCCCUGACGCACACACCCUCCCACCCCGCGGCCAGGUCCCUCCUUCCAUUCUCUCCCGCCCCACGGCUGUGAAUGACAGGACUGCUCACACGUGUGUUUUCCAUUGGGUUUAAUUUAAUGGACUUGCAGUUUCAUUUGUAAAUUGUACAUUGGCCAUCUCCUUCAGCGGCAGGAUGUGAGUGGCUACCUGGCUCACUUUGAGGGGACCCUCGGGGCCCUCUGGGGCUUCCCCUCCCCCAUCUGGCUGGGGUAGAGCACAAGGAUGGUCGCUUUCUGAGGUCUCCCCGAAAUGAAUGUAUUUCUCCCUCAAAAGAGCUGAUAUUUAAUGUUUUAAUAGGGAUUUUUGAGAAACAAAUAACCUUAUUUAUAAUCUGGGUGAUCCAAUCAUUUUUUACUCCCUUUUGAUGCCAUAGGUAGAGGAAAGUCUAGCUUUUUUGGCGUGAGACUUUUGCAACAUGCAGUGAGACAAGACACAUUUCCUUUCUGGUUCUGUUCCUUGUUCGCGCGUGCACACACACACACACUCACACACCAUCGUGAACAGACAACCCCUCAGCACAGAGACAUCGCACACACACGCCCACAUCUCCUCCUCCCAGCCCCCCCCACCUGCGUAAUGUUAUGCAACCUCCUUCUGAUGUAUCCACCAAACCAGUACUGAAUGUGGCCGAGUUUUCAGUAAAUCUUAUUACCUA